CAUUCCGGCACAACUAGGCGUAUACGUGUUCUACACUUUGCAGCAGAGCGAAUACCGAUUAUCUAUUAUGGCGGCCAGCAAAAUACCCGAUUGGAUAACUGCGGAACUGUUCGAAGAUGUGCUCAAGGCCAACGUGGAGGGCUUCUCGAAAGUCAAGAGCUUCAAGGCGGACAUGGGAUCUGCGGCAGGUGAAAACUAUGCCACCAUUAUGCUGCGAAUUAGCAUCGAAGUUGAGCUGCAGGAUGGCAAGACGAAACCGGUUUCCUUCAUGGUAAAACUGCCCCACCAAUUCGAGGUGUACCAGGAGAUGAUGAAGCGAACGAACAUCUUCGACACAGAGCGCACAAUGUACAACGAGGUUGUUCCUGAGUUGUCUGCUCUGUACAAGGCAGUGGGCGUGGAUAUCACUUUUGGCGCCAAGAGCUACGACAUCAAGAACGCCAAGACCGACUACGUGGCGUUGGAGGAUCUGGGGGUAAAGGGGUUUAAGAACGCCAACCGACUGGAGGGUCUCGAUCAAACGCACACGGAGAGGGUGCUCCAAAAGUUGGCCCAAUGGCAUGCUGCGUCAGCGGUGCGAGUGGCCACCAAAGGACCCUAUCCUGACCACCUCCUGCACGGAUUCUACAGGGAAGAAAACCGUUCGAUGAUGAGCGAAAUGAUGAAAGGAAUGGGACCGAAUUUUGUCAAAAGCUGUGUCACAUACGAAGGUUAUGAAGUCUUUAUUGACAAAGUAAAAGCCCUGCAGCCUGUUUUCAUCGAUAAGAUUUUUGAGUUUGCGAAGGUGGAUCCCACAGAAUUUAAUGUUCUGAACCAUGGCGAUUCCUGGUCGAAUAAUAUUAUGUUCCAAUAUGAUGCGUUUGGAAAAAUUAAGGAGGUGUAUUUGGUCGACUAUCAAAUUCCCAAAUACGGAACUGUGGCCCAGGACCUUCUGUACUUCCUGCUCUCGUCUACAAAGUUGGAGGAUAAGCUCACGAAAUUCGAUUACUAUAUUAAAGUUUACCAUGACUACCUGGUGGAACACCUGAAGAUUCUGAAGUACUCAAAGCCCAUUCCCAGCCUUAGAGAUAUUCAUUUGGCCCUUUUUAAAUACGGGUUCUUCGGCUACUCCGUGGCCACUAGCGUGAUGGCUGCCGUUCUUCUGGAUCCGACGGACUCUGCCAGCUUUGAGAACUUUAUGGGCGAAACCGAAGCGGGAGUGGACUUCCAGAUGCAGCUCUACAACAGUCCUCGUUACCGCAAACAUAUGCAAGCGAUCAUGCCCUGGCUACUCAAUCGUGGCGCAUUGGAUAUCUAAAUCACCCUACUAAAUAAAUUUCCAUUUUCACAAUGAACAUUCCAAAUUGAAUCACAAUAAUGUGCAUUCUCAUGAUAGUGUUAUCUUUAUUUAUGUGCGAUAAUGGCAAGGAGUAUUAAUAAACGUAAAGUUUUGUGCUAUAAACGAAA